CCCUCAGAGGUCCAACUCCAACCCUCCACUCGUGCGUCCCCGCAGUGAGCUGCCAACCUUCAACUGCCCUCCACCUGCAGCCUGCGACAGAACGACGACGAGCAGGCUCUGACGUCGCCGGUCCAAUGCAAUUACAAGCAUCGCUCGCCUUGUUGAAUCCGUCGCUCGUUUCUCCGCCGCGCCGCCCCGUUUGCGACCUGUCUCACCAGCGUAACUAGCCGUUUGCGUACCCACGAUCGCACCCACUCCGCACCCAGCACGCCCUCAACACCACCCCAGAGUCUUGAAGACCGGUCUCUGGCGAGCCGGUUCUUCGACCAAGACUCGCUCUAUUCUUCGCCAUCAUGCUACGGCCGGCCACGCCCUUAUCGAUCCUAUUUUUCGCCGCCUUCGUCCUGCUGCUUCUGUCCACUCUCUCGACCCCCAUCAUUCGCGGCAUCCCGCUCGCCACCUUUCAAGGCGUCAACUUUGGCGUCUUUGGAUAUUGCGACGGCAGCAAAUGCGACGGCCCGCGGAUAGGUUACGACACCGAUGGCCUAUUUGCUAAUGCCUCUGACUCUGAAUUUUCGCUGCCGUCAGCGACCCGACACUCGUUAUCCUCGAUUCUCAUCGUCCAUCCGGUUGCGACACUCCUGACGCUGGUAUGCUUCUCCCUCGCCGUUGCCGCCCACUUCCAUUCUCCCGCCCACUCGCCUCGCUACCUCCUCGCCCUCCUGAUCCUCACGUUCCCGACGCUCCUCGUCUCGUUGCUAGCUUUCCUCGUCGACAUUCUGCUCUUCGUUCCCCAUGUGGCAUGGGGUGGAUGGGUUGUAUUGGCGGCUACUAUCAUCAUUGUUGCGAGCGGAGUGGUCACUUGCGCCAUGAGGCGGACUCUGGUUAGUCGCAAGGCAAGGAAGAAGCGGAUUGCCGAAAAUCCAGAUAUGAAUGGGCAGAACUACUUUGCCAAUCGCACCGCGACGCAAGAUGUCCUUCCAAAAGCGGAGUCUCCACCGCCGUUGUCAGGUGAUACCGUGACCUCGGGACCAGACAAACUACCCGGAUUUGCGACCUAUGAUAUGCAGAAUCAACAUCUUCAGGAUGACAUGACGCCCCUGAAUCCCCGAAACCCUUCGCUUAAGACGAAUAGCAGUGGUGGGAGAGACGGCCCGGACCGUUCCCAGAAUCCAUCCCGUGGCCCUUCAGGCCGUGGACGGCAGCCAGUUGAUCAGUAUGGCAACCCCAUUCCGCUCAUGCCGAACGAUGGGUUCGCAAUGCAGAAUAUCCCGCGCAUGGGACCGCCGCGCAUGGGACCGCCGCCAAACAGGGGAGGCCCGCAGGUGUAUGGCCGUGGCAGAGGCUAUCCGCCAAGAGGAGGGUUUGGCCCACCACCAAGAGGAGGAUUUGGCCCACCACCAAGAGGAGGGUACGGUCCGCCACGAGGAGGCAUGCGAGGACCACCCCCUCCAGGCUGGAAUGGCAAUGGAAGAGGAGGCAUGGGCCCUGGUCCAAUGCCUGACCCUGGAAUUGUGGGCCGAGGCCAAAGGGGACCUCCACCAGAAUACAGCAAUGACUUCUAUGGCCAGGCUCCACCGCCAGGUCGUGAGCCCUCACCGUAUGGACAGAGAGGCGUGUCGCCAGCUGUACCCAUGCAACCGCCAAUGCCAAUCGGCCAAGCUAUUGAAAUGAAUGGCCGGUCAGGUACCCCUUCAGUGACCCCGAAUCAAAAUUACGGGCUGCGUGAAAGCGACGGGGAUGUUCAAGGCAUGCUUGCGCUGCAGCAAGGUGGAUUUGAAGCCCAGCCGCCAACACGACGGCCCUCAAACCCCAUGAGCCCAACGAGUAACUACUCGGGCGAAGAGGAUGCAUAUGUUCCACCUAGAGCCAAUUGGAAUCAGAACAUGACCAACCCGUCGGAUCAGACACUACCCACUAACAGCAGUAACAGCCGUGGUCUCUCACCAAUUCAGGAUUCUCCUGUCGAGCUACCCGCUCAACUAUCUACCAUUGGCGUACCGAAUAACGAUCCGAGAAGCUCUAACUAUUAUGAAGACGUAGAUCCCCAAUUUGCUGAGCCUGUAAAUAGCAAACCAGCUCAAGCUCGACUUCCAUCCGCCUUGGUUCCAGGAGGCCUUGCCUCUUCCAAUCCCAAUCGCCUUAAUAUCUCCAACCCUUCCCUGAACACAAGUGAUCCAGCUCUGCGCCGCAACUCUUCGUAUGAGGACAUACCCGAUGGAUCUCGCUCACCCGCUGCUUCGGAAGCCUCCCACUUUACCUCGGUCUCACAGCGAGGCAUCAAUCCAAAUUGGAGGCCCCCACCGCCGGGUAUGGGUGGGCCACCGAUUCCGGGGCAGUACGGACCGUAUAACGCCCGGCGGCCGAUGAGGCAAGAGGAUGUAAUCCUGGAAGCCAAUGCAGCCAAUCCGGAUUUUGCGGUCCCAGGAGCUGAGUUGGGACGAGGUAGAGGACGAGGAAGAGGAGCUGCAAGAGGAAGAGGCGUGCCUGGCCCCUCCAUGAUAAAUGGUAUGGGCAUGGGUAAUCAGGGACGAUAUCCCGGGGCUAAUGCAAUCUAAUGCUGGUGUCGAUUGAAUUUGGGAUCUACAAACGAUCUCAAACCGGUUGUCAGAACAGGCCUCUCCAUCUCGAGCUGCGAUCUGGACAUCGCUCGUAGCCACUCUUUCCAAUCACGACCUCGAUACCCUUAUUAUCCUGUUCUUCGGCUAUCAUGAUCAGUGCCGGCUUUCCCGUAGACAUCUGUGUCAUUCUCCUGCUUUCUUGGGGCCAUUGGAUUCUCAAACCUUUUCGAAGAUAUGGAUAUCACGAUUUUUUGCAUUCACUUCUGUACAAAAGUUAGC